AUGCCGAAAACCAAGUCAGACGAAAGAGUGGAGGAUGCUAUCAUUCGUCGCAAGGCCAUCCUGACAAAUCUAUCGGAUGUUGAAAGGUUUACGAGAGAGUUCAACGUAGAUCGUGAUGCUGGGCGCCUUCAAGUUCGACAAGAUCUAGUUGAUCGGAUCUACGACCAGUUCCAGAAAACGCAAACCGUCAUCGAGAAGUGGGAUGGACCAGAUCGGCUUGAAAUGCGUUUGGCUGAGAGAUCAACCAUCGAAGAAAGGUUUUGUGAGGUGAAAGCAUUCCUGUUGAACAACAUCCCGGAAAGGUUGAACAGUUCUACAUCAGCAGAGCCGACCGCAGCAACCAGCACAGCUAUGUUUCACCUACGCCUGCCCAAAAUAGAUUUGCCGAGGUUCGAUGGUGAUUUUUCGCGAUGGUUGUCGUUCCGAGACACGUUCAAGUCCAUGGUACACUUGAAUCCAGAUGUUCCAGCGGUUGCAAAGCUUCAGUACCUGCUUCAGAGUUUGGAAGGCGAAGCCAAGAAACCUUUCGAGUCCGUAAACGUUGAGGCUGACAAUUAUCUUAUCACUUGGGAAGCGUUAAUGAAGCGGUAUGAUAACCAGCGGUACUUGAAACGACAGCUCUUCAGGGCAAUGUACGACAUUCAACCUUUAAGGAAAGAGUCUUCAAAGGAUCUUCAUACGUUGACAGAUGAUUUUGACCGCCAUGUGAAGGCCAUGGCUAAACUGGGUGAGCCGGUAGGUUACUGGGAUACUCCACUAGUGAACCUACUGUGCUACAAACUGGAUCCAACGACUCUUCGAGCCUGGGAGGAAAAAACGAGCGACCUUAGAGACAUCACCUAUCAAGAGCUGAUCGAUUUCCUGUAUUCUCGAGCGAUGAUGCUGAAGACGAUCGUCUCAGAGGAGCAGCACUACCUGCAAACGAUGCCAACGAGGAUGACGGGAUCCCAACCGAAGAAGCAGUACCGAUUAGUGGCCAAUCCUGUUGCGUCGGAUACAAAACCUGAUCCACCGCCGUGUAUUGUAUGUUCGGAACGACAUCAUCUGUUUCGCUGCAGGAAAUUCGCCAGUUUCUCUCCCAACAACCGUCGUCAAGUUGUUACAUCGCAUCGUUUGUGUUGGAAUUGUUUCAAUUUUGGACAUUUAGCAAGAACAUGUUCCUCUCGACACACUUGUCGUUUCUGCAACGGAAGGCAUCACUCUCUCCUCCACGAUGCAAUCAAGGCCACCUUUUUCAAUUCGCUGCCGGAACCAACGUCGUUAUUGUCGAAUUCGCCCCUACCAGCUCCGCAGCGCAGUACCGCCCCUACAGAUGCAGAUCCGCAACCAUCAACUUCGAGCCAACAAGUAUGUAUGACUGUUCAGGCAUCAACCAGUACAGUUUUGCUAGAAACGGUUAUGCUUAUGGUGGUUGACAGUACGGGAAAGGAAAUUCCGGCUCGAGCGCUACUUGAUUCCGCUAGUAUGUGCAGUUUUAUGACGAAGAAGUUGGCCAACACCCUCGAUCUCCGCCGUUCUACCGUUGACAUUGCCGUUUCAGGGAUUGGUGAGUCAUCCAAGCAGAUCAAGCGCCAGUUAACAGCGAAGAUUCGUUCAACUGUAUCCAAGUAUGCAACGGAGCUAGAUUUCUUGAUCCUGAAAAGGCCAACAGUCUGCCUACCGACUGUGGACAUUGAUGUUGCUGCUUGGAAAAUACCCGAUGUCAACCUGGCUGAUCCAUACUUCUUCAUUCCUGCGGACAUUGACCUCAUUGUGGGCGGAGAAGUGUACCACGAACUUCACAGUGGCAGCAAGAUUUCCCUCGGCAUUGAAAUGCCGACUCUAGUUGAGACUGUGUUUGGAUGGGCUGUAUCCGGAUCGGUUCCAAUAAAUUCCUCCGAAACUCCCCGGUUAUGCCAUCUUACGACCAUCGAUCGAUACCAAGAACAAUCCUCCGAAAGGUUCUGGGAACUCGAAUCUCUGUUGCCGUCUCAAGCUCUGUCAGCUGAAGAAACAAAGUGUGAAGAAGUGUUCAGUGCUACCACCACUCGCGAUUCGUCCGGUCGUUUCGUAGUUAGAUUGCCACUCACUAGUGAUCCCCUGGUACGUGUUGGUGAAUCAAGAUCCAUCGCCGAGCGCCGCUUCGGAAGUCUAGGGAGGAGACUUAAGCGAGAUCCUGCCACUCGAGAAGCCUACGUUUGUUUCAUGGCCGACUACGAACGUUUGGGCCACAUGAUCAAGUUGACUGAUCCAGUAGACGACUCUGUCCCCCACUGCUAUCUACCACAUCAUCCAGUCUUCAAGGAGUCAAGCACAAGCACCAAGCUCCGUGUUGUUUUUGACGCUUCGUGCAAGACAUCAACCGGUUACUCCAACGAUAUGCAGUUGGUGGGACCUACUAUCCAGGACGAUCUACUGUCGAUCAUUAUGCGCUUCCGAACCCACCCAAUCGCACUCGUAGCCGACAUUGAGAAGAUGUACCGCCAAAUACAACUGCACCAAGACGACUGUGCGUACCAACGAACUCUCUGGCGCCAAAGUCCCGAAGAGCCUCUCGCAACGUUUGAGCUGCAGACUGUUACGUACGGUUUCGCUUCAGCACCAUUUUUGGCCAAUCGCACGUUACAACGCCUCGUUGAGGAUGGAGUCAGUCGUUUCCCUGUUUCCGCUCCAGUUUUGAAGAAUGACUUCUACGUUGACGACUGUUUAACUGGUGCCGAAGAUGUCGAAUCCGCCGUUCAACUCCGCCGAGAAGCAUCCGCUCUAGCUGCUUCUAUCGGUCUUCCACUCGAGAAAUGGGCAUCCAAUGUUCCUGAAGCGCUUCGAGCGUCGUACCAAGCUGAUUGGAAGGAUGUCAAUGCCACUACUCACCAAUUGCAUUUCUUCUUGAACGCGUCGGAGAAGGCUUACGGUAGUUGCUGCUACAUUCGGUCCGAAUGUUAUGGAGUCAUUCUUGUCAUAUUGCUGACAUCAAAGUCGAAGGUCGCAGCGCUGAAAAGCCACAACAGUAUUGCCCGUUUGGAACUUUGUGGAGCAGUUCUAUCUGUCAGCGUAUCCGAGACGGUCAACCGUGCUCUCGAGUUGUCAGUCAUCCAGACGAGUUCAACGAAUCGUAUCUUCCGAAUGUCCUCCAGUGACCAGAAACUAAGGCGCUCCAUCGCUCCCUGCCUGCGAUACCUCCGCUCGUUGAAAGCUGCUGCACGGAAGUCUGAAAGGGAUCCAUUCCGAGCGCUAACCACCGCCGAUCUGACAGAGUUGGCUCUGUGUCGUCUUGCCCGGAAACAGAGUUUCCUUGAGGAGUUAGCCACCCUUGCAUCGAUCGGCCGUCUUCCAUCUUCAUCGCAGUUGAAGUACAUCCGCACAAAACUGGAUUCGGGUGGAGUCAUUCGGAUAAGAGAAGUUCUGGCCAAUGCAACCGUUCCGGAAGCUACGAAACAUCAAAUUGUUCUGCUCGCGAAACACCCAUUUUCAAAACUGUUGGCGAAGUUUUGUCAUGGGAAUUUACUUCACGCCGGCCCACAACUAAUGCUCGCCACGAUCCGUCAAAAAUAUUGGAUCAUUGGUGGACGCAACCUAGUGCGCCGCACAUUCCAUGAAUGCCACACGUGUUUCCGAAGCAGACCGAAGAUGAUCCAGCUGAUGAACGUGGGCAACCCGUUGGAGAACCAAAAAGCUGCAAUCCCUGGGAACAACCAAUGA